CUUUAACUGUGUAUAGUUUCAUUCUCAUCCCCAUUCCAUGGCUUCUUCAAUUCGUCCCUCACUUUCUUCCUUUAGGUUACCCUCUCUCUCUUCCUGCUACCCUUCUCAAAGGUUCUCUCUUUUUCAUAUUGGUAGCGCUGUUAGACAAUCCCAUAAUUUUGGGUUGAAAGCAUUAAGGUUGUUGAGACAUGAUGUUAACUACAUGAGAGUGAUGGCAUCUGGGAACAUGUCACCAGCUGCUACCCAGGAAAAUGUACUAGAUUGGGUAAAACAUGACAAGAGAAGAAUGCUUCAUGUUGUGUAUCGUGUUGGGGACUUGGACAGGACCAUAAAAUUUUAUACAGAGUGCCUUGGAAUGAAGUUGCUCAGAAAGCGUGACAUGCCAGAGGAGAGAUAUACUAAUGCCUUUCUUGGAUAUGGGCCUGAGGAUGCACACUUUGUUAUUGAACUGACAUACAAUUAUGGGAUUGAGAGUUAUAAUAUUGGAACCGGGUUUGGCCAUUUUGGUCUUGCUGUUGAUGAUAUUUCAAGAGUAGUGGAUAUCAUAAGAGCUAAGGGUGGCAAAAUAACUAGAGAGCCUGGUCCUGUCAAGGGAGGCAGCUCGGUAAUUGCAUUUAUUGAAGAUCCUGAUGGUUAUACUUUUGAACUUUUGGAAAGGGCUCCCUCUCCUGAGCCUUUAUGCCAAGUAAUGCUUCGGGUGGGUGAUCUUGAUCGUUCCAUAAAAUUUUAUGAAAAGGCUUUUGGUAUGGAGCUACUUCGUACACGAGAUAAUCCGGAAUCCAAGUAUACCAUAGCAAUGCUGGGAUAUGGUCCAGAAGAUAAAAAUACUGUUCUGGAGUUGACUUACAACUAUGGAGUCACAGAAUAUGAUAAAGGAGACGCUUAUGCUCAGAUUGCAAUAGGCACAGAUGAUGUGUACAGAACUGCAGAAGCAAUUAAACUUGCUGGAGGAAAGAUUACUAGGGAACCUGGACCAGUUCCUGGUAUCAAAACAAAAAUUACAGCAUGCUCGGAUCCUGAUGGUUGGAAGACGGUUUUUGUAGAUAAUGUUGAUUUUCAUAAGGAGUUGGAGUAGUUUUUAUGUGCGUCAUCAUAACAAUCUUGUGAGGCUUGAUUUCAAAACUCUGGCGAAGGAAAUGGUAUUCUUUGUUGAAGCUGUUUGAGUCAAGGAAUGUAUCAUACUCAAAUCCAUUUUUUGUAGAUGAUGGAAUAAUGACUAUACCAAUGAACCUUGCUGCAAAUAUCUUUAGCUUUACACAAUUUCAAUGACACGCUGUGAUUUUGGCAAUAGUGCAAAGUUUCUCGUUGUCCACACUGCAUGGUUCAGAAUUGCAUCAUGGCAUAUAAUUUCUUUGUCCUUACCACCUUAGGCCAAAUAUUCUUAGUCUUACCCUUCUAAAUAUGUCAAAA